AUGUCAUCAUUGAAUUGCCGAUUAAGUAAAUUACCAGGUAUUGAGAAUUUCAUAAGAGAUACAUCAUCUAUGUCCUCUAGUGGAAGCAAAACACCUGGAAUUGAUGAAAUUAUAACAAAAGUUGUUUCUGCAAAAAAUGUAAUUGCUUUUUCAACGUCAGAAGAUCCAUUCCCAUAUUUGUAUUUUAUUGGCAGUAACCAAGUGUUAAAUCCAUCCAUUGAUGUUUCUAUUUUAGAUCAAUCUUUGAUAAAUCGACCAUUAAUCACAGCAUUAGACAUAUCUUCAGACGAAGAAUAUGUCGUAACAGGAUAUAACAACGGUCAAAUUAUACUCUGGAGUACAAAACUUCGAAUUCGCGUCGCUUAUUUCAACGAAAUCGGAACUUCUCCUGUAAAUAGCAUUUCUUUUCAACAAGAUAUGAAAUCAAUAUUUGUAGCACUCAGCAAUAACCAAGUACAUCAUCUUUCUCUUAUGUCUAUUAUGGAUUAUUUGACAAUAAAAUCUGAAGACUUCUUCCCAGUUAAAACUCCAGCACUACAAAUCAAGUCAAUGGCAUUUUGUGACUGCUCUCGAGUAUAUGUUGCUCUUUCUUUUGAAAAUUCUGUUCGAGUUAUCGUUCCUGGCAAUUUCAAGAAGACUGUGUUAGAUCUAAAUAUCGACAAUCCAAUCAUCUCAUUAUCCAACUACGAAUGGACAAUAUAUCUUGCCAUUUCUUCGCAUAAUACUUUAUAUAUUUAUUCUAUCAACGACAAUGAUGAAUACAAGCUCAUUAAUCAGAUGGAGUUCGAUGCACAGAUUACAAAUAUCCAAUUUGUUUCUAGUUCUAUCAUUUCCAUUUACUUCAAUGAAGAAAUCAAACUUGUUCAUAUCAAUGGACAAAUUCUAUCGGUUAUGAACAAUUUACCUAAAACUCCGAAAUUACUUUCUACGCUGAAUGAUGCCUGUAUCAUCCUUCCUUACAUAAUUAACAUCGAACAAUGGAAAGAACGCCUAGAUAACCUCCAGAAAGAAGGGAAAUACCAAAAAGCAAUAUCCACUGCCCUCGAAAUUUACAACGGAGAGAGUAUUGAGUUUGAAUGUUCAAUUGAUAGAGAUGAUAUCAGGGAAUACAUCAAUAAACUGCUUGUUUCCUUUGUUAAAAGUGGUACAGUAACACAACAGGAUAUGUUAUUAAUCGCAAAUGCUGCAAUUGAAACAGAAUCUCCACAACAAUUGCUCAGAUUAGGUCUUUUCGAGAUGGCUGACCAAUCUAUACAACACCCGUUGAUUGUUGCGAUGCUUUCUGCUGCUGCAAAUCGCUCAGACCUCGCUCCUUCGAUUGUAAGAAAAGUUAUCGAAUUAAGUGACGUAGAUUCAGAAGUUUUGGAGAAUUUCCUGAUGAGAAUCACAUUACCACCAAGUUUUACCCAGGAAGUCAUUGCUUUUGCCAAGAGAAAACGCUUUACAAGGUUUUUAAUUCAUCAUUUUGACACAGUUUACAACAACAUCUUCCCAAUCUUUGCCGAUGUUGUUGAGAAUGGCACAAAAGAAGAAAUAGCCACUGCUUUACAGUAUAUUUUCUUGAGCGGAGAAUUUGAACCUCGGAAAUCGAAUAUUUGCAUUGUUUGGCUGUUCGGCCAACAAUCUACAAGGGCGAGAAAGUGUUUCGAGUCAAAUUGGUCGAUGGCUUCUCAACUUUUCAAAGUUUUCAUUUCCAGAUCUCCAAUUUCCUUCAGCUCCUGCCAGAAAUUGACAGCGGAAAACAUAACAGUGGCUACAGCAGCCAGCUUCGACGGAGCUCCUUUAGGCAGCGCCGAUUUAUUAUUUGAGAUAUUAUCUCAGCAUUUGUUAAACUUGAACAUCCCUGUUCCAAGCGAACGCCUCAAGACAUUCAUCUCGUUUAUCUUCGAAUCGAACUCAGAUAAGAAAGUUCGAGAAAAAUUGUUCAAAAGAAUUGUAGAAAAAGAUUUCAAAGAUGUUGUUGUAUUAAAUGACUUCCAACAACUUUGUGUCUCCGCCGGUUUUUCCGAUAUCGUUACUCAAUAUUUCAAAGAUAUCAAUUACGAGUCAAUUAUCACUACUUAUCUACUUUCUGAUCAGCCAGAAGAUUCUUUCAACUAUAUAGAGAGCAAUGACCUUGAUAAAGAAAGAAUUUCCAUUGCAAUUCAUCAUAGAUUUAAUGCUUUGUUGUUAUUGAAUCCAAAACGAUUCGUUUCUAUUCUAAUGCAUAAUUACAAGGACUUGCAUCCGAAAUUCAUCAGAAAUCUCGGAAUUCCUUCAACAAUUAUUUUGUAUUAUGAAAGUUUGUUCGAAACAGAAGACGGAAAGCUUGCUACAAAGGAAGAUGCCUACUACUUCAUCGAGUUUCUCUACAAGAACAACAUCGUAAAGUUCGUUUCUUUCGUUGAAAAACCAUUUGUUUUGACUUUAGACGAAAUCUAUAAUUUCUGCGAAGAGAAGAAGAUCUACAUUGGAUGUGCAACGUAUUUGGCCAUCAAAGAAGACUUUUCGAAGUCAUUUGAAUACUAUGAAAAACAUUUGAACGAAGGAGGCCAAAUGUGCCCUUCAAUUUCGAGACUUCUAAUGAAGAAUAUCCUCAAAAUCUUUUCUGCAACACAUUCCAAGGUCAUUAGAACCAUAAUUAAUCCAUUAGUUUACGGAAGUGGCGGAGAAAACGAUGCAGAGAUGACAAGAGAGUUCAUCGAUAUAGGAUGCUCUUGUAUUGAUCGCCACGAAGUACUUUUGGCCGUUUUACCGUUAGUUACUUGCACAUUAGACAAAAGUAGAGCGAGAACGACCAUUUUGAAGUUCAUUAAGAGCUUCAACUGCUUCUAUGUAAUGAACAAACCUAAAGAUAGCAAUCUCGCGAAGACAUUACAUAGAAUUUCAGAAAAUAGCCUUGAAGAAAUCCUCACAAGCAGUUCGUUGACAGUUAUUGAUGGAGGAGAUGGAGUUACUCUUCUCUCUACACUUGCAAGUGAUGGCGAAAACGCAAAGAAGAUGCCAGCAGAUUUAUUUAGCGAUGUAAAGUCUGCUUUUCAAGGUGCUGAGUCCAUUUUCGUUGAAGAAGGAAAUAGAGUUAGUCAGGAUAUUGAUGCAACAAUUAUCCUUCUUAUUGAUGUUUAA